GAGAAACAUUGUGAAAGGUGUUAGAGUAUGCAAGAAAUUUGCCAGUCAUCUUUAGCAGUAGUAGCAAGCUGCCCGUGGUGCUCUGAAGCUCCGCCCAUCUCCGUCGUCAACAGGUGGAUGACGUCAUAACACGGCCGAGGUCCUCCGUGAGUCCGUGAGAAAAAUUACCAUAGUAGGCGCCUAGUUUCAUGGAAAUGAGUUGCUUAAGUUGCACCUGCUCGAGGGAUGGUGGACGUAAGUCGAGAGCAUAACGAAAUUAAGCACACACCAUAAGGCUACCCAAACUAAACACGAUCUAGUUUCACGAAUAUAACUUCCACAACAGUGAUGAAAAGGAACCCAAGAUGAGGGUCUCUUGCUUAUCAAUCCUGUCAGCCGUAAUCGCCGUUUCAGCUACACCAGGCGUGUGCGAGAGAGCGUUCGUAUUCCAAGCCUCCAACAAUCUCUCGAACGAGUCCCGAGCCUUGAUGUACCUAAGACCCGAACUGCUAGGGAGAACGAAGACCUCUGGCGGAGACCACGAAGAGCCCCCUAACACCUUCUCCACUCCUGACGGAGAGGAAGCCACCACCGCUGCUGUGUCCGAUCUCUCCGUGUGCGUGUGGAUGAAGCUUCACUACUUCAGACAGACGACAAGCUACCUCUUCUCGUACGCCACGUCCCAGGCUGAGAACAACGAGCUGAAUUUUGGCAUCCAAUAUAAACAGAUCCUCAUUGCCGUCGGUGGAAAGUACGUUUACGGGAGAGCCGGCCUUCUUUUCGUUCCAUACACUUGGUAUCACUUCUGCUUUGUUGCAAACAGCGAGGACAGUACCGGGACAUUCUACGUUAAUGGGAAACUCAACAGAGUAAACAAGUUAACCCAGAGGCACAUUUUGAUAAACGGUUCCCUCGUCUUGGGACAAGAGACGGACGAGGUCGACGGGGGGUACCAGGCGCUUCAGUCAUUCUGCGGCACCUUGACAGGGUUCAACUUGUACUCGAGGCCUCUGGAUUCAUCGGAGGUUUCGAUGCUGGCGUCGUGUCACCCGGACGUCGAGGAAGGAGACUUAGUCCCGUGGUCAAAAUCAGAGUGGGAAAUCAGUGGUCCUGUCGACGUUCGGGAGAUCCAGCGGGAAGAAUACUGUGCCCCUAAGAAUUUCAGCUUCGUCAUCUUCCCCAAGAGGAGAACACAUGAGGAAGCCCAGCAUCUCUGCCGUAGCCUGAAGUCAGUGAUGGCACUUCCUGGCAACUCUGAAGAAAACAGUCUCCUAUAUCGGGAUUCAGAACCUUUCGUCGACGUGUGUCAGCCUCAUAACCAUGCCAGCGUCUUCAUGUGGCUGGGAGCCACCAGGGGUCAGGACGGAACAUGGACUCGUCAGAGUGGCGACCCCAUGACCUACAGCAACUUUCUCGCAGAAGGAAAACGAUCAUGCGCAGGCUUGAAGAUCCCUCCUUACCGAGAGGAAUGGCAUGACGUCACCUGCUCCUCAACGUACAAGUUCUGCGCCUCCUGUCAAGAAGAAGAGCCCGUGGUGCUGAGGGUGCGAGGUCUCUGUGAAUCCUUCGUUCAUGAGACUUUCUUCAGGAUGGCAAACCAGUAUGGCGAGAUGCCUCUGUUCAGAGGAUUCACGAAGUACAACAUCGUGUACGACAAUGUUGAAACGUGGCUUCUGCUCGACGUCUGGACCGGAAACGUUUUGGCCAAAUUCUUUACCUAUGAUGAUGAGGUCCCUUUUGGGAAGAGGACUUGGUGGACCACGACCGACUUCGAUAUCUGUCAAAAACCCUCAAACACAUCGAUGCAGCUGUCACUGUCAGCGUGUUAUGACUGGGAAUACAGCUGCAAUGACGGCAGCUGCGUAAACCUGUCGCAGCGGUGCGACCAACGAGUGGACUGCCCCGACAAUAGCGACGAGGUUGGCUGUGAAAGGCUUUGGAAGCCGGUAGACUAUCUUGGAGCCCUUCCGCCUCCUGGAACGCAGCCUGGAAGCGCCCUCCUCCUCAAUGCCAGUCUUGGCAUUCACGGAUUUUCCAAGAUCAACAUCCGAGACAUGAAAUUGAUUGUAGACUUCACGAUGAGAAUAGGAUGGUCCGACACGAGGCUGAGGUACAAGAAUCUCAGCCCCUUGAGUGACCUGAAUUAUAUCGAGCCUGAGAGCGUGUGGCUCCCUCAAGUGGAACUUCUCAAUGCCGACUUUCCAAAGACCUUCACCACAGAGCCAGUGGUGACCAUAGCGAGGCUUUCUGGCCCGGAGGAGGACGACCCUUCCAGGAUACAUAGAGAUGAGGUCUAUGAAGGAGCCAAGAACUCCCUGGAACUGACGCAGAAGUUCAACGCCCCCUUCAGCUGCACCAUGAACAUGAAGAACUUUCCCUUCGACAGACAACACUGUCAAUUACUCAUCAGGUUUUCCUCCGCCAAGAAAGAGUUCAUGGAGUGGAACGACCUUUCAGCAACUUACCUUGGAGAGGAGCUGCUGGCUGAGUAUGUAAUAGAAGACGUUACCAUCCAGAAGGGAGCAGCCGAAGGUUACAGCCUAGUCGUUGUUGGCAUAACCUUCUACAGGAGAUAUGCUUACUACUUGACCUCUGCCUACCUACCGACUAUCAUGCUUAUGAUAAUAAGCUAUACUUCCCUGUUCUGCAAGAGGGAGAACUGCGACCUCAGGGUCAUGAUGGCACUGACCACUCUCUUGGUCCUCUACGCCCUCUACCAGCAGAUUUCCAACGACCUCCCGAGGACGUCGUACACGAAGGCCAUUGAUGUCUGGUGCUUCUUUUCUAUCACCUUCAUAUUCUCUCAGGUCAUUCUGCACGUGUUCGUCAAUCUGAAACUCAUGCGUCCUUGCCUCGCCUCCUGCCUGCGUCCUUCUUCAGAAGUCAAGGAAAUUGCCAAGAAGGGAAACAAAUCCUCGUCCGCCCCAGAGAACCCAGGAAGUCGAGAGAACUCCCUGCAGCGUUCCGAGGUUCUGCGGGUAGAGGAUUCCGUCACUGGCGAUGAUGGCCAGUGCAAUUUGCUGGAUUAUUCUCGCGUGUUUUACCUGGUGCUCUUCGCCACUUUCUGUGUUGUUUACUGGAGCGUUGUGCUCACCAGUGAAUGAAUGAUGGAGGAAGGAUAAGAGAGUGUUAUUUUGAUUUCCUGGGAAUAAUUUUUUUAGUUUUCUGUAAAAGAAAACUAUUGAGACGGUUAUUUGUCUGUCCGUCCGCACUUUUUCUGUCCACCCUCAGAUCUUAAAAACUACUGAGGCUAGAGGGCUGCAAAUUGGAAUGUUGAGCAGCCACUUUCCAAUUAUUUAACAUACCAAUUUGCAGCCCUCUAGACAGUUUUUAAACACAGGCCUACUAUUCAGCAAAUGAAAUGCGUAACUUAUUUGAGAUAUACUU